AUGAGGAGAACUUAUCUUCCGAGAAUCGCACUAUGGUUUUCAGUGCUGACAUUCCACUGUAUGGUCGUCCUUGGGAUUGACGUCGUGGGUCGUGUGACUUGGAAUACCGCCUUGCCAGAUAUUAACCACCUACCAACCGAUUCAAAAGUGGUACUUCGCUCUGGAAAGUCUGUAGAGGAGUUCAUCAGACAGGACGGAACUUUUGUUCUACAGGAUGUUGAACCGGGGAUGUACGUUCUGACUGUCCAGUGUCGGACUGUGGCCUUCCCCGCACUUUCGAUCGAAGUUCUCGCUUCCAAAAAUGUAGCUGUUGAGCCGCCAGUUGUCAAACACCAUGUCUUUGGUCAAGCUCCUCCCCCUCAGCUGGAUCCAACAGGCCCACCAAGACCAGAACGUCGGCUGCAGUACCCUAUUCAACUGGUACCGACCGCGAAAAUUCAAUACGAAGAAAUUAAGGUUGGAUUCAAUCCGAUAGCCAUGUUGCUAGGGAAUCCGAUGUACCUCUUGAUGGGCGGCAUGGCAGUGUUUAUGAUGAUUAUGCCCAAGCUCAUUGGUCUCAUGGACCCAGAGGCAUUAGCUGAAGUGCAAGCAAGCCAAGCCGACUUGCACAAGCAGAUGGCUUCCAUGCAAAGCAUGGAUUUGACGUCUGGUAUUGCAAAGAUGCUCUCCGCUUCGAAUGAUAACGAAGAAACACCGCCAAGCUCGCAUGCCUCUAGUAAGACCACUUCACAUGCGAAUGAAAGUCAUGCCAAGCGAAGGAAGUAG